GGAGGCUGCGCGCCUGCGCGAGGGCGGGCAGCGGGCGCGCGCGGCGGGGGCGGGCUCAGCCUAGCGCCGAGCUGCAGCGGCGGAGCCGGACGUGUCCGUGAAGAUGGCGGGCCGGAGUAUGCAAGCUGCAAGAUGUCCUACAGACGAAUUAUCUUUAACUAACUGCGCAGUUGUGAAUGAAAAGGAUUUCCAGUCUGGCCAGCACGUGAUUGUGAGGACCUCCCCCAACCACAGGUACACAUUUACACUGAGGACCCACCCAUCUGUGGUUCCAGGGAGCAUUGCAUUCAGCUUACCGCAGCGAAAAUGGGCUGGACUUUCUAUUGGGCAAGAAAUAGAAGUGUCCUUAUAUACCUUUGACAAAGCCAAGCAGUGUAUUGGCACAAUGACCAUCGAGAUUGAUUUCCUGCAGAAAAAAAGUAUCGACUCCAACCCAUAUGAUACUGACAAGAUGGCCGCAGAAUUUAUUCAGCAGUUCAACAACCAGGCAUUCUCAGUGGGUCAACAGCUUGUAUUUAGCUUCAAUGAAAAGCUUUUUGGCUUACUGGUCAAAGACAUUGAAGCCAUGGAUCCUAGUAUCCUCAAGGGAGAGCCUGCAACUGGUAAAAGACAGAAGAUUGAAAUAGGGCUCGUUGUUGGAAACAGUCAGGUUGCAUUUGAAAAAGCAGAAAAUUCAUCACUCAAUCUUAUUGGCAAAGCUAAAACCAAGGAAAAUCGCCAGUCUAUCAUCAAUCCUGACUGGAACUUUGAGAAAAUGGGAAUAGGAGGUCUGGACAAGGAGUUUUCAGAUAUUUUUCGACGAGCAUUUGCUUCCAGAGUAUUUCCUCCAGAGAUUGUUGAACAGAUGGGCUGCAAACAUGUUAAAGGCAUCCUGUUAUACGGGCCUCCAGGUUGUGGUAAGACUCUAUUGGCUCGACAGAUUGGCAAGAUGUUGAAUGCAAGAGAGCCUAAAGUGGUCAAUGGGCCGGAAAUUCUCAACAAAUAUGUGGGAGAGUCAGAGGCUAACAUUCGUAAACUCUUUGCUGAUGCUGAAGAGGAGCAAAGGAGGCUUGGUGCUAACAGUGGUUUGCACAUCAUCAUCUUUGAUGAAAUUGAUGCCAUCUGCAAGCAGAGAGGGAGCAUGGCUGGUAGCACAGGGGUUCAUGACACUGUUGUCAACCAGCUGCUGUCCAAAAUUGAUGGCGUAGAGCAACUGAACAACAUCUUAGUCAUUGGAAUGACCAACAGACCAGAUCUGAUCGAUGAGGCUCUCCUUCGACCUGGAAGACUGGAAGUUAAAAUGGAGAUAGGCUUACCAGAUGAGAAGGGCCGAUUACAGAUCCUUCACAUCCACACAGCAAGGAUGAGAGGGCAUCAGUUACUCUCUGCUGACGUAGACAUUAAAGAACUGGCUGCAGAGACCAAGAACUUCAGCGGCGCUGAGCUGGAGGGUCUGGUGCGAGCAGCUCAGUCCACUGCUAUGAACAGACACAUAAAGGCCAGUACUAAAGUGGAAGUGGACAUGGAGAAAGCAGAGAGCCUGCAGGUGACAAGAGGGGACUUCCUUGCUUCUUUGGAAAAUGAUAUCAAACCAGCAUUUGGCACAAACCAAGAGGAUUAUGCAAGUUACAUUAUGAAUGGUAUCAUCAAAUGGGGUGAUCCAGUUACUCGAGUUCUAGAAGACGGGGAACUUCUGGUUCAACAGACUAAAAACAGUGACCGCACACCAUUGGUCAGCGUCCUCUUGGAAGGCCCUCCUCACAGUGGGAAGACAGCUUUAGCUGCUAGGAUUGCAGAGGAAUCCAACUUCCCCUUCAUCAAGAUCUGUUCUCCUGAUAAGAUGAUUGGCUUUUCUGAGACAGCCAAGUGUCAGGCCAUGAAGAAGAUCUUUGAUGAUGCAUACAAAUCCCAGCUCAGUUGUGUGGUUGUGGAUGACAUUGAGAGACUGCUUGAUUAUGUCCCUAUUGGCCCUCGAUUUUCUAAUCUGGUACUACAGGCUCUUCUUGUGUUACUGAAAAAGGCGCCUCCGCAGGGUCGCAAGCUUCUUAUCAUUGGGACCACGAGCCGCAAAGAUGUCCUUCAGGAAAUGGAAAUGCUUAACGCCUUCAGCACCACCAUCCACGUGCCCAACAUCGCCACAGGGGAGCAGCUGCUGGAGGCUCUGGAGCUAUUGGGCAAUUUCAAGGAUGAAGAACGCACCACAAUUACACAGCAAGUCAAAGGGAAGAAGGUCUGGAUAGGAAUCAAGAAGUUACUAAUGUUGAUUGAGAUGUCCCUACAGAUGGAUCCCGAAUACCGUGUGAGAAAAUUCUUGGCCCUCUUAAGAGAAGAAGGAGCGUCUAGGAGACCCAGCAAGGAAGUGGGUUGUACUGUUGGUUUGCUCUCCCUGUCCUGCUUCGCAAAACUUCCUUGUCACAAGGCAGGAAAAAGCACGAUGUAGCCCCCUCGACUAUGACCAUGAACUAUUUUCAAACGCAAAGUGACCAAGGAGAAGAUGGCCUGGGAUCGUCACUCGACCUCGAGAUACUGAACACAGUGAAACGUCCCCUGCCUUCGACACGUGCUCACACUGCAUGAUGAGUGCAAUGAAACUCCCUUCCUCGUGCUUACUGAGAUACUCCCUCUUGUGGAAGGUGUAAAUUCGCUUUAGAAUGCUGUGCUCACCUCUCCGUGUAAGCUGAUUCCUUCUUGCUCAAUCUUAAACGUGGGAAACAUACUGUACUUAUGAACACUACACGUUCUAAGCUCCCUACCACCACCCGAAAACUCUCAAUAAACAUACUGAUGUUGCAAAACAGCGGUUGGCCUAGUAGAAGGAAGACUUUCCACCUGUGAGCUAGGAGCCGUGACUAGAGGCACUGGGUUCAAAGGCAUUCUCUCAUAACUUCCCUGUGCUAACACUACAGGUCAUUGGGUAUUUGGUUCAAGUUUCUCCCAGAAGGCUGGUUAUCUUUGCCUGAAGAAACAGGGCUAUGAGUUUCUAAGAUGCUGUUCUCGAUCAUUUUCAGAGAUGUUUCUAGGUUGCAAUCAAGAGACCUUUCUUAAUAGGAAGUCAGAUUAUUACCGUGUUGGCUGUGCCAUCCCUUUAAUGUAAGUGAUGUGCUCAGUGGUAAGAGAUAACGCUGGUCAUUACUACUUGGUAGAUGUUGUUAAGAACCUGUGAGAGAUGUGUAUGGUAAAAGCAUACACCCCGAAACAGAAAGGUGUCAACUCAAGUAACUUACAACCCUCUCAGCACUCAUCAGUGCCCAGGUCUAACUGGGUCCACUUUUCUUUCGACCUUAGCUUAAUGACUUAGAAUGCAUCCUUCCUUUAUUUUAAAUUAUCUGGACUCCCUAGCAUCUAAAUAAAACACUAUUUUCCAGAAAAAAGAAACCACUUUCUAGCACUCUCCUCAGUCCUUUAACAUCCAUUCCAAUGUGCUGAAGACGUCUCCUUCCCCCUCUGCACGCUUCCUCCAAAGGGAAGGAGAACAGUAGUUUAAGCUGAGUUGGAAGAAAUGUGAUCAGGUCGUCACGUUCGGUGAGAAGACUUGGGGAACACGCGCCCCUCCCCUGCUGCUGCUGCAGCUUCAGCUUCAAGGACAGGAGCCACCUGAAGGUACUUAACAUGGGGCUUGGCACCAGGUGGACUUGGGUGUCACCACAGCGGUCCGUGGUGCAGCUCUCUCAUCUGUCCCUGUGAUAGAAGAUAAAUUAUCUCCAGAUCUUGCUGUCUGUAUAUUUUUGGUGGAUUUAUAUGUUGCAUCUGCUUCCUUUUGGGUUUUCAUCUCUAGCUUAUUGUGUGGCUUAAAAAAAGUGGAUUGUAUUGUAAAAAUUCUGUGGUUCCUGGUGGCCAGUAUCCUGGGUCCCCUUAUCUGUUUUAGAUCUUGCCUCUUUUUUCUCUCCCCGUUGAAAGCAGCAUACAUUGUAUUAACUUAUGUCUGUUGUUAAAUAAGAUUAAUGUCUUUGUGUUUUGUCCAGAACUAUAUUGAAGAAAUACAAAUAUUAUAUUGUUUAAUGCAAAUGAAGGAAUGCAAUAAAGAGUACGUAUACUUGAAAACA